CUCUGGGAGCAUCUGAACGGGUGAUCUGUACCGAUACCCAGCGCUACAGGCAUGGCUGUCUCAGUGCUGCGGCUGACAAUUGUCCUGGGACUACUCGUCUUUAUCCUGACUUGCCAGGCCGAUGACAAACCAGAUGACAAGCCAGAUGACUCAGACAAAAACCCAGAGCCAGAAUUCCCAAAAUUCCUAAACCUCUUGGGCACAGAGAUCAUUGAGAAUGCAGUGGAGUUCAUCCUCCGCUCCCUAAGGAGGACCAGAGGAUUUAUGGAAUUUGAUGAUAAACGAGGAGAAUAUUCAGCAAAGUGACUUCCCCAGGACAAACCCACAAGGCUCCAGAAUAACCCAAGGGCAGCCAAUCCUGCUUUUCCAGUUCUGCUUCAUGAGUCCUCCAGAACAGAGGUCCCAAAAGCAGCUCCAAGCAAGUUCUCAGGAUUCAGGACCUGGCUCAGCCAAACACAACCUAUUUUGAACAUCCUGACUGCAUUCUUGCCUUCAGAAAUCAGAAUAAAUGUGUCUCCUUAGGAGUCACAUAUCCUAGGGAACUGAGAAGAUUUUUAUUGGUAGUAGUAGUAACCUUCCUGAGCAUAUUUAAAGUUUUUAAUGAUGCCAAAAAAUAUAAAAUAUAUAAAAGUUAUUAUUAGCCAGAAAAACCAAAGAAUGGUUCAAAAUAAGGAAGCUAAAGCCCAGAUAAAGUAACACGUCCAAAGUCACUGAAUUAGGAAAUGACGGAAAGGGAAUUUGAAUCUGACUCUAAAGAACAAACUCUUAACCCAUAAAAAUGUAUGAAGUUUCAGAGUUCAAAGCUUCAUAUGUUCUUUUUGGAAAGUCUUUCAAAUACAUCUGAGCCCACUCUCCUCGCUAGGUAAACUAAAAACCAACCAUUUUUCAAAUAAACAAGCUUAUUACUUGUUCCAGAGAGUCUUCAUUAUUCUUACAGAAUAGCAGAGUGUCGGGGAUGGGAGAGUCCUGGAGAAGUCUUAUGCAGCUCUUAAUUUGCUCUAACACCCAUUACACAGAGGCGGGGCCUGGUAGCCAUUGCUACCGUACUUGCCAACUUAGUCAUAGAGGAUGGAACCCCUGUAUAACCUGACCCAGCUGAGCCAGAAAGAUU